ACAGAUGACAUAUUUGAGACAUCGUCCUUACAGUUUUUCCAUGAUCUUGUUUACGUUCAAUCUGCUGUGUUGUGAAUGUCCAAACCACUUUAUGACACCAAACAAAUGCUCGUAAGACCUCAUCCUCGGUUCGACAAAAAAGCACUUUGUUGUUGAUCAAUUCACUCCAUUUCCGAACAUAUACACAGGCUAGGAUGGUGCGAGCAGCCGAAGUCCGAACUGUUGUAGAGCAAAUAAUCGGGGGCUUACAAGGAAGCUACGCUGCAGCAGCGGUUGCUGCCGCUUUUGCAUCGGGCGCAGCAGCGGCCGCAGCUGCUGAAGCUGCUCAAGAAGGACAACAAGGACCUUCUCCCACAGGCUCCAAAGCAUUGCCUUCUACAAGCCAUCUCAUCAUAUCCAAAGGAACAAUAGGAGCAAGUUCGAGUAUAUCAAGACAGUUCAGGGCGGAUGUCUUACGAGAGACAUGUUCCGUACAUUUCUCCACGAGCCAUUCGCCCCGCCCUCCUUUCAGAGUGGAAAAAGCAGCAGCAACAUGCCAGUUUGGUCCUGCGGGGGCCAUGAUUCGGGGUUCCUCGAUUGCCGCAACUUCGGCAUUAUGACGGUUUACAUUCACCCAAAAUGCCCGACUACGAUUCCCCCUUUCCCAUCAAACAGCUCCACUCUGUCGUUCACCUUCAAUCUCAAAACUUUCGUCAUGUGCCAAAAUUCAUCGUCGACCAAUUUUGCGACCACUUGGGAAUCUCGUCUACAUGAAACCGAGGUAAACAUCCCCGGGCUUUAUCUGGAUGCUCGGUUGAGGUCGAACACGAUACUCUGAGUCGACUGCCGACGAGAAUUUGUCUGCUCGCGUCAGGAGCCUUUGAUACAAAAGCCCUUUCCAGCAUUCUGCAGCAAUCCAGCCCCGGCAUGAGAUGUCGGCGCCGAGUCCAAUUAAAAUUACUCGGCCGGAAGGACGUGAAAGAUGUUGGUUUCAGCAUUGUAAGAUUUAACGGUUCCGGCUUGAGCUCGGGAAAUCAUCGUUUCUGAAAGAAGAGAUGAAAUUUAGAGGUUUACUAAUUGCACUACGUCGGCAACUGUAAUCCAUGGACUGUUGUGCAGAAGUUGUGUUACUUGUUCUCUAUUAUCAGUAUAACUCCCGGAAACUUUAUUUAUUUAUUUAUUUGUAUCACGUAUUCUCUUCGUAAUUUGCAAACGAGGCAAAAUAGAUUUAAGUUAUGAUACUUGGC